UCAGAGUGGAUCCGUAAACCAUACAGGAAAAAACAUUUUCUAUUGCCUGGAUACGCCUACUGCAUAAUAUAAGUGUAAUCAUUUAUGGAAUGAAGUUUAUAGGCUUAAACUCUGUUGCAAUAUACUUUUCUGUGCUGAAUACGGUAUCUAAAAUGUAAACUACAGGGAGAAAAAUUAAAACAAUAUUUGUGCCAGUUAUACGGACUACAUAUUGUACGAGUGUAGAUAUACAAGAAUCGUCCUGUGGAGUCAGGUCCAGAUCUUCUAGUCUCCUCAAUGAUUAGCACUCGUGUGUCAAUUGAUACAGUGAUGCAGUUGACUAUUAAUAUUGUCAGUCUGUUAUCAUCCAAACGAUAGGAAGGAGAAUAUGGAACUCUGCAAGUUUCCUGUGCUGAUUUUUACAUGUUUCCUCGGACUUCCUGUGAUAGUAACCGCACAAUGUCCCGGAGGUCUUGCUUCAUACUGCUCUUGUCGGGAUAGAUAUGUAGACUGUAGCCAUAGAAAUCUCUCGUCUGUCCCAGCAUUCCCUCCGGAUCCCACUUUCUCCACAUCAUAUGACUACUUCGAUAUAUCCUUUAACCAAAUUCGAAGCAUCCCGUCUCAAACAUUUAAGGGAACACAUUUCAAAGAAAUUUACUUGCAAGGAAAUCUCUUACAAAAUAUCAGUUCACUUGCGUUUGAAGAUGUUCAGAACACUCUUCUAGUGCUCGAUUUGAGUUACAACAAAUUUACAAAGUUACCGAAAUCGCUGGAAGAACUCGCUGUCUUACAAACACUAGAUGUUACUCACAACCCUAUGAUUCGUGGUACUGAUUAUACAGAGAGUGUGAUGCAUGCUCUUGGUGAUUCACUGACCGACCUUAGAAUUGGAAAUGAAUAUUUGACAUCAUGGCCGACAUCGCUACAUCACUUACCGAUACUAAAUAAACUUGCUGUAGACGGUCUAAGUCGAUUUGUCCGUGACAUCUCAGCUGAAAGUUUUCAUGGAUUCGAGACUACGCUUCAGUAUUUGAACAUCAAGAACACACAUCUGCUUGCAGUUCCGCUUGGAAUUAGCAAACUAAAACAUCUAAAAGAGCUACACUUUGAUCAGAAUCGUUACGUCACAGAUCGCGGAAUUUUGAUUCAGUCUUUUCCAUUAAAGUCCCCUUACUUGGAGACUUUGUCAUUGAAUGGCGAUUCUCUGACUCAAUUUCCCCGAGUUUUAAUCUACCUACCAGCUUUGAAAAAUUUUAGUAUUGAUGACAAUAAUCUAAGAUAUUUAAGUGAUUUGAAUGUUGGUGAUUUAAGAACUGUGACUAAUCUAACUUUACGAAACUGUUCCCUUCUGAGAGUUCCCGCUGCUCUUUCUGAAAUUCGAUAUUUGAAAGAUUUAGAUUUGUCCCUCAAUGAUAUAGAAACAAUUGAUGAGAACGACUUGCAGGACCUCCGAUAUUUAGAACAUUUCAUUGUUCAGAAUUCUUCCUUGAAAUAUAUAUCUGAAAAAGCGUUUGGCAGAGUACCUAGACUGAAAACUCUAGAUUUCAGAUAUACACAAUUGACAACAGUACCUAAAGCGAUUAACUCUGUAUGGCCUUGCAUAGAACACGUGCUUCUAAAUGAAAACAGAUUGGAUUGUAUGUGUGAAACACUUGUGUGGCUCCGUGAGAAAAGAGAUACCUGUCAGAGAAGCGCAUUUCCCAUAAGAAUACAAGGUGUCUGUGAUACAAUUCUUGACACGGUUGAGCAUUAUAUUGAGGAAUACAUCCCGAGAUGUCCCGAGUAUAAAGAGUUGCAUAAUAUCCCACCCUAUAACCAUACAACCCACCCAUAAAACAACUGUAUAACAAAUCAAGUUUCGUUUGUAAAUAAACGAUUUUUGCAGAAAUCA